GCAAGAUGCUUUGAUGUGCUCGUACUCCCAGUCCUGCAUCCACAACCAUGGCCUCCAACAGACGUGUAUACCAUUUUCUCCUCGUUGUCAUGCUGGCCCUUUUCCAUCAUGCGCUCGCGUCACCAGUUCCACGAAUAUCUUCACCGGAAAUAGGCGCUCUGUCCUUUGCCGAAUUAUUUCUUCAGACCUUCCGCCGAAUCCUCGAAUUAGGCUUUCUGCAGGGUGUGGCCAUCGCCCUUCUUGUCCUGGGUUGUCUUGUAUGUCUGCUCAUCUGCGUAUUAUGCGCGUUAGCGGCGUAUAUUGACCGCAAUGACACGGCCGUUUGGGACAAGGAUUUGGAGCGAAACGACCAGCGAUACUCUUCAAGUGAAAAGCGAAACCACUCUCGCAAUGACAGCCCCGAAAAUAGAGGUCGAAAGUCUUACUACGCAGACCGUCCAUCACCUAUCACAAAGAUCAGUAUCCACGCCUCGCCAUCGCCUCGGAGAACGACGCCACAAAGCUCUCCGUCCAAACCUCAGCGACAAAACUCCCGUUCUCGAUCUCCAACCACGCCUCUACGUUCUGCACUUUCAAAAUCUCCCUCGCGAAGGGAAUCAAUCUUCUUCGGCCUGAAAAGGUCAAGCCGACCGAGCAGCCCCAAAUCGGUCAGAUGGGCCGACGAGCUCGGAGUGUCUGUCCUUGCCACUGUUCAAAUAAAGACGGCUGAGGAUGGAGCCGAGAUCGAAAUUGAUAUCGGAAUGUCAAGCCAUCAGCAACCAUACGAGACCGAGCUCGGCGAUGACUCCUGGAGGGAUACUCCAGCUGCUUACACUUCAGGCGUGACCAAACCUUCCGUACAGAGGCAUUCGACGCGUGGAGAUCUGGAUAAUGUGUCGCAGGAGACAUAGCAUGUAUCAGGAGCGUGACGAAGGCGGUCUUAUGAAAUUUUUCUUUCUUUCGUGGACCCGAUGUAUGAACAGGACUAUAACUUACGAUCUGGCAUGAUAAGUAACGUGGCGAGAUUCUUUGAAAACAA